CCCAGAUUUGUUGUUUUCUUCCUGGUAAGCCGGUGGGAUUUUCUGCUCAAAUAAAAAACCAGACAUCAUAUCUCAAGAAAGUCGCAAAAACACAAUUCCAAAUGAUGGGGAGCUACGGCGAUUCAUCGCCGGCGGGAGAUUCUCAUCCGGUUGCUGAUGUUGAUUCUCAAGGCUCAGUCUUGAGCUCAAAUCUCUUCUUGGACGGCGUCGGCGAGGUUGUUGUCGCCCUGGACUCCGACGGCUUGUCUUGGGGAUCACCUGAAUCUAUGUCUAACGAGGAGGAUCAAUCUCUUUGUUUAGGAUUAAAACUAUUCCGCAGAUGUGAAACCAGUGUGAAAUUUUGUGAUGUAUAUGCUGUUGAGUAUAAUGGUUGGGGCGUGGUACAUGAAUGUUCUCUUCAAAAUGCUGCUCGGUUAUUCUCUGGCCAUUCAUUUGAGAUGUAUCGGUUUUCUCUACAUUAUGCUCAGAAGUCAAGAAACUGCAGUAGUGUUUUGGCCAUGUCACGUUAUAACUUUGGCCACAAGGACCUGCUGACUUGCCGGGUGUGGGUUAAUCGGAUCAGAUCUUUUUUAGGCUUGCAGGGGGGGCGACCUAAAAGUCUUCUGGUUUUUGUUAAUCCAAGGAGUGGGAAGAGAAAUGGGUGUAGAACAUGGGAAGCUGUGGCUCCUAUAUUUUCACAAGCUGAAGUGAAGACAAAGGUCACUGUAACAGAGAGAGCAGGACAAGCGUUUGAUGUAAUGGCAUCCAUCUCAAACAAGGAGCUUCAUUCAUAUGAUGGUGUGGUAGCUGUUGGUGGAGAUGGGUUCUUCAAUGAAAUCCUCAAUGGCCUUCUUUUGUCCAGGCAUAAAGCUCCAUACCCACCACACCCAGCAGAAUCUAUUCAACCUGUCAACGAUGGUUGCAAUGUGACGGUCCAUGAUACAGAUGGAAACAUAGCAGAACCUUCUGAUAAUAAUAAUAAUAAUGAAGACCGCUCCCCUCUUCUCCCUCAUUCUGAGCUUGAUGGAAGGCAAGGAGUCACUUGCAAGGGAGAUGGGGAUUCUUUUUUAUUUCCGAAUGAACAUUUCAGGUUUGGGAUAAUUCCAGCAGGAUCCACCGAUGCCAUCGUUAUCUGUACCACAGGUGCUCGGGAUCAUAUAACAUCUGCAUUGCAAAUUGUGCUUGGCAAAAGUGUCUGCCUUGAUAUUGCUCGAGUUAUAAGAUGGAAAUUAUCAUCCACCUCAAAGGAUGAUGAACCCUCUGAGCGCUAUGCAGCGUCCUUUGCUGGGUAUGGAUUUUAUGGAGACGUAAUCACAGAAAGUGAAAAAUAUCGCUGGAUGGGCCCAACAAGAUAUGAUUUUGCAGGAACUAAAGUAUUCCUCCGACACAGCUCAUAUGAAGCAGAAGUCACAUAUUUGGAAGCUGCAGAUUCAAAGAAAGGCGAAGAGGGAGGUGUAGCGGGUCGUAAUAGGACGAAAGCAGCACUUGCACGUAAGAAGCAGGAAAGAAAUGUUUGCCGUGUGAACUGCACUGUUUGCAACUCAAAAGCUAGUGACACAUCAGCAGGGAGAGAGGAGAGACCGGACGAAGAGCCAUAUUCGUCAAGAAAAUGGUUGAAGUCUAAAGGACGGUUUCUGAGUAUAGGUUGUGCAAUAAUAUCUUGUCGCAACGAAAAAGCUCCCGAUGGACUUGUGGCCGAUGCUCAUCUUUCAGAUGGUUUCUUACAUCUUAUAUUGAUCAGAGAUUGCCCUCAUGCUUCUUAUUUAUGGCAUCUUACGCAGCUAGCAAAAAAAGGCGGGAAUCCCUUGGAUUUUCAAUUUGUUGAACACUGCAAGACAACGGUUUUUACUUUCACUUCUUUUGGAAAAGAGAGCGUGUGGAACAUAGACGGCGAGCCAUUCCGGGCCCAUCAACUGUCGGCCCAAGUUUUCCGUGGCCUCAUCACUAUGUUUGCUACUGGACCUGAAGUUUAGCUGCUAAGAAAGGUGUGUGCUUUUACAAAAUGUUUUGCUAUGUGGUUCUUGAAAUGGAUCUUCACACAGUUCUGACUUUGUAUAGUUAUUGCUAAGCCCUCACUUUCUACCCCCAUCUGGGCUAGGCCCGUCGGACCAGUCUGCUGGGUAAUACAACCGGAGUUGUCGAGCUGAGAAUUUUUUGGCCCGAUCUGAAGCAGACCUAAGAGGGCCAAGCCCAAACAAGCUUCUGAAUGAAAUGAGCUCAUCUAAGUCUAGUCUUAUUGAAGUACAAUGAAUGCUUGUAGCUGAU